AUGACAGCUUUUGGCGCUGUUGAAUUCGAGUCAGGAUCCCACCCAGUAUCAGAUUUUAACAAGGAGGAAUCCGCCAAGAAGUCGUCUCAGGAUGUUGGUUUGUCCACACAUAUGCUUCCGCCGAACGAAAACUUCCGCAGGAAUUCGGAUACAUCAUUGUCGGGGAUGAAAAGUGAUGAGGAGAGCGCUGAGGAAAGUGCGAAGAAAAGAAUCAAGAAAAAGAGAAAGCGACUUUCUUUCGAUGAGAAAGUUGAAGUCUUGCCAAUUCCGAUGCGGCAUGAAUAUAGCCAAACAGAAAGGGCAAGGCUUUGGUCCAGUGCGAUUGAGAUCCACGAGAAUGCAACAAGAAACACAAUUGAGUUUGCUUCCGAAGGAUGGGAUUGGAAGAACGUUCUGGAAGAUGACAAAAUGUACGUUUGUCAAGCUACAUCUGAAUUGAUCCAUCCUUGCCAUUAUGGAGACCUUUCGAAAUAUGGCAUGUGA